CUUCGCGCAGCCCGGGGGGAGGGGUUCAGAACAGUAGACUGGGGAAAGGGCGAUGAGCAGCAACCAAUUCUCAGGGGACGUGUGUCUGGGGCAGUCUGCCUGGCACCAGGGUUUUGGAGCACCCGAGCUGCAUCCACACGUUUUGAACACCACAGAAUCCUGGAGUGGUUUGAUUGGGAGGGACUUUCAAGGACCACUUCGUUCCAACCCCCUUGUAGGGAGACUGUCCGCUAGACCAGGUUGUCCCAAGCCCCGUCCAACCUGACCCUGAACAGUUCCAGGGAUGGGGCAUCCACAGCUUCUCUGCCAGCCCUCUGAGCCUUUUGUAACCAAAACCACGCGUGAUCGACCCGAGGAAGGGCCAUGGCUGGGGACUGCUUCUCGCAGCACUGCUCGUACUGUAGUUUGGAGGAGCCAGGAUGGCUCUGAGGAGCUCCCAGUGCAUCCAGGGAUGACAGUGGUGCUCACUUAAACUCAAAACUGAUCUUUUGGCCACAGUCUCGCUGAUCCCGGGGCCGACGGCAGCCGCGUGUGUGCAGACGGUGAUGACGAGUAGGCUCGAGGCAGCAGCUUGCAAAAUAGUUUCACUUUAACCCUGUUAUCCAACAUCCAUAUCAGUAGUUUUCCAAAACACUCCCUUUAGGGAACGAAAGCAUUUAUGCGUGGCUUCUGGUAGGAAGGUUUGGUGGUGGGAAUAAGAUGAAACUUCAGCUGGUCGUGUUUGCUGGCUGGUGGCUUUUGGUGUUUGUCAUUACGUUUGAGGAAGGUCUCUGUAGCCUGCUGCGAGUUCUGGGAGACCGGAGGCAAAACCCUUCUUAGUCACCAUUUCCGAAACAGCAACGUGCAAUCCCUGCUAAGGAAACUGCUCACCCUCGGUGUCAGGUUUCUUCCAGUUUUCCUUUAAAUCUGAAGGUGCAAGCAGGGAAAAUAGGUGCCACUCGUGUGACAGCAUAGCUGUGUCUCUGCUGGGUGGAUCAGGGAGCUUAUAGGCUGUAACAAAAAUUAGCCUCUCCCUGCCUGAACCACAGCUGUCAUUGCAAUGGAAAGUUGGUAUAAAGCUGACAUAAAGCCAGUAACAGACAGAAAUGAUUGUUUAGUAAUGUGAUUCCUGCUUUGCACUCUUCAGCAUCAACUGCACGAAGUGUGGUCUCAUCUGCGUUAAGGAAAUAGGAGUAGCUAUAGGUCAGUCGAUUUCAUGUCACCUCCACAAGUCCUGAGUUGCAGCUGGCCACAGAGCACACCACUGUUGAAAUAAUCCAGAAAUACUUGGGGCACACCCCACAGGUGCCAAGGACUCUUGUGGAGCCCAAUAGCUGUUUACAGGAGCUGAGCAUAUCUCAAGGUGCCUUUCAAGUAGAGGGAGCAGCACAGGCAGCCUACUCAGGAGCUGACAUGCAACAGAAGAUCAGCUCUUUCUUUAAUUCCAUCUUGGAGCUCAUCCGUACCAAGCAUGAGGAAGGCAUCUUCAACACCAUCUGCCUGGCUGUGCUGCUGGGUCUACCCUUGGUUGUCCUCAUCGCUUUCAUUUUCAUCUGCUGCCACUGCUGCUUCUGCAGACGGAGGAGAGAAAGCACAAGGAAAGGUGGCUCCAGCAGCAAUGGGCAGCUGCAUGCCGAGAGGAACAAGAAGAAAAAGAAGAAGCAGGAUGAAGAGGACCUGUGGAUCUCGGCUCAGCCCAAGCUGCUGUUGCUGGACAAGAGACCCUCCUUGCCCAUCUAGCAGACAGGAGGGUGUUCAGAUCCUCUCCUCUGAGAUGCCACCAUUUCUUUCACCUCUGCACCAGGAGGAGUGAGGAGAUACCAAAGCUGCUGCCACUUUGUGGUGAUUUUCAACAGAGGCUGAGCCCAGCAUGUUGAAGGGCCAACAGAAAACAAGGCGGUCAGGUACAGGUUGUGCAAGCCUCUUUUCCCCCACCAUAACAGCGUGUCCUGGGGCAGAGACCCCUGCAAAGGACAGGUGAAAACACAAGGGCGACCUGUCACCACGUUCUGUGUACCUCCUACUACGAGCACAGUGCACACAUGGGGCUGGCACACAGCGAAGGGGGUGCGAAGUUCUCCCUCUGCACUCACCUGCAAGCACAUGUGCUGUGGUACAGACAAAGGUGCACAGGACAACAUUCAUCCAAAGACCAAGCCACCUGCACACUCCCCCUGCACAACACAGACAGCUGUGAGUGAAGCAGGUACCGACACACCUCGUUUGCUUGCCCUGCCAUGGAGAUGGCACAGCUUCACUGUCUAGGCUCUGUCCAAAUCCAACUCCCUUUGGAGACACAAAGAAAGCCGAGUUACCCCACAGCUCAAAGAUGUGCCAUCUCCCAGUCUACCAAACCAAAGUCACUUGGCAAGCACCUGAAGCUAGAUGCCCUCAGCCCAACCUUGGAGACCUCAGACACCAUCCUAAGGCAGCACAGCAGAAGGACACCUUACAACAUAGGAGGCAGGAAGGAGAGAGGAGGCUGCCAAACCAGCCCUUUUGCACCAGCACUUAAGAAAACACUCCUCGAAAGACUGUUUUAUACAAAUUUGCCAUUAAAGAGCCCACCAUGCUACUGCAAGAGCAGAAACACAAUUUGAGGCUGUGCAAGAGCUUUGCUACAGGCAUUAGAGUUAUUUACUGAAUGACUACUAAAGAAGAGCAGGACCAGAGGCCCCUCUGGAGUGGGGCCAGGCACAUGAAAGCAGUAUUGAAGCAGCAGACGUGGUUUCCUGGCACACUCAGCCAUCACCUCUCCCUGCAGCCCUUGUGCCGUGUGUGAGAUAUACACAGACCCAUAAGCAUGUGCUGCCCCAGCUGAUGCCAGCAGAUAACAGCACCACACACAGCUCUCACUCCUGCUCUGUUUCCCACCUGCCCCGCCCUGGCUUGUGUUCCCAUCCUAUGUCCUUUGAGCUGGGGGUCUCCUUGGCUCCCCACUCUGUGCCCCACCAGGCUCUGUCUUCCCCAUCUCUUUUAGCAUUGAGGGAUGCAUGUGUGUGAUGAGAAGCCUCAUCACAUCUGGGUUUUACCCUGUCUGUAUACUGGAUGUCUUCCUUCCAUUUUUGCCCAGUUCUUAAGCUGCUGGAGCAGACCAGAGCUGCCAGCCAGAGACAGACAUCUGGGGAAUAAGCAGCCAAACCCAGGUGGGCAAGCCUGGACAGAGCU